AUGGAUCCCGAUCGACGAUGUCAAUCAGAUAUGACUGUGUAUGAAUUUUUACCAACACGUACGAACAUGUUAGAGCACUACUGUGUGGCGUUCGAACGAGAUUUAGAAGAUCUAAUUGCCGGUCAAGAUCCGUAUUCAAUCAUCGAUCUAUCAUAUCAGAAUUUAACUGAUGCAUCAAUGCCGUGUAUCAUCAAAAAUGCUAUUUAUCGGAAAGAAUGUAAAAUUCUUAAUUUAUGGGGAAAUCGUUUUACAUCGAAAAGUCUGUUCGUUCUUAUCAAAGCUUUAGAAGGCAAUCAAACAUUACACGAGCUGGAUCUUUCGCAUAAUAGUCUCGGUGAUGAUGGUAUUCAAAUUCUUUCGCAAUUUUUCUCUUUGAACAACUGUGAAAUCAAACAUCUUGAUCUUUCUUCGAAUAAUGUGACCGAAGUCGGUGCUCAUUCUAUUGCUGACAUGUUAAGAAGAAACCGAACGAUCAAACGAUUAUCAUUGAAUAAAAAUGACAUCACUGAUAUCGGUUUGGUUCGUAUAGCCGAAGAAAUUCAGAAUGGAAAUGAAAGAAUUGUCGAGUUGAAGUUCGACGAUAAUCCAAAUAUUACACGAGAGGGAAUCGAAGCUGUUCUUGGCAUUUUAAGAAACCAUCGAUCAUUGGAAGGCAUUUAUGUUCAGAACUGUGGAGUUUUUAGUCAGCGUAUAAAGGAAGAUUUGGAAGAAAAUGCGUUUCGAACAGGAUUUGAUGUUUUCGUUUGA